UCUCCUUUUUUCAGUCUCUGUGCUUUUUUAAAAAGAGCCAGAAGCCUCAAUGUUGGAUGUCGUGCUAUGACAACGUCACUGCUCCUCCGUCCUCGCUGGGUUGACCCGUCGGUAAUGUUCCUCUACGAUAACGUUUCCGAUGAAGUGAGCAAGAACAUGGACGCUGGCGGUGGUGGUUUUGCGGGAGGCAAUUUUGCGGCGAACCAAUGCAGAAACCUGAUGGCGCACCCCGCGUCCCUCGCUCCGAGCACCGCGUACUCGUCAAGUGAGGUCCCCAUCUCCGGUAUGGGUGAGCCAGCCAAGCAGUGCAGUCCUUGCUCGGCUGCGCAAAGCUCCUCCAGCGCGUCCCUGCCCUAUGGAUACUUCGGUAGCGGCUACUACCCGUGCAGAAUGUCGCACCACAGUAGCAUAAAGUCGUGCGGCACGCAGCCCCCCUCUGCAUACGGGGAGAAGUACAUGGACACGUCCGCCUCCGGCGAUGACUUCACUUCGCGGGCCAAGGAGUUCGCCUUCUAUCCGAGCUAUGCGUCGGGGCCAUACCAGCCCGUUCCCAGUUACCUGGACGUCCCCGUGGUACCAACUAUGAGCGGGCCAGCAGAACCCAGACACGAGCCCUUGCUGCCCAUGGAGAGCUAUCAGCCGUGGGCUCUGACUACAAACGGGUGGAACGGACAAGUCUACUGCACCAAGGAGCAGCCUCAGCCUCACAUGUGGAAAUCCUCCAUACCAGACGCAAUGUCUCACAUAGGAGGGGACGUGAGCUCCUUCAGACGUGGAAGAAAGAAGCGCGUGCCAUACACCAAGGUGCAACUGAAGGAACUUGAGCGCGAGUACGCGGCCAAUAAAUUCAUAACGAAGGACAAACGAAGGAGGAUAUCCGCCCAGACUAAUCUAUCUGAGCGUCAGGUCACUAUCUGGUUUCAGAACAGACGCGUAAAGGAGAAGAAGGUGGUCGUCAAAGUGAAGAGCAUCAGCUAGUUCUGAACGAUGGGAAUUGAGUACACACACACACACACACACACACACACACACACACACACACACACACACACACACACACACACACACACACACACACACACACA